AUGAAUGAAAAAGAUCGAAGGAUGAUUGAUGCUUCAAGUGGUGGUGACAACUUCAACAAGACACCUCACGAAAUCCGAUCACUUUUUGGCACCAUUUCUCAAAAUCAAAGGAACUUUGGGACUCGAAAUGAAAUGAAGAGAAGUUCUCCACAAAUGGUUGGUGAAGUUAGCAACACUCAACACUUGGAAUCAAAGCUAUUAGAUUUGACUAGUGUGCUAAGUCAAAUGGUGGUGGGAAGUGGUCAACAAUUGAUGGUAUGUGGCAUUUGUUCAAUGACGGGGCAUUAUACUGAUAAGUGUCCCUCACUUGGUAGUGAACCGGAGGAUGUUAAUGCAAUGGGAGGAUAUCAAGGUCAACCAAGACCCAUGGGCUUUCAAAAUAACUACAACCCAAAUUGGAGGAAUAACCCAAACAACUUAUACCCACCAAAGCAAAAUCCACCAAACAGUUUGAUGAGACCUCAACAUCCACAAUACCCCUCUCAAAAACCUCCAUAUCCACAAACUUCUUAUAACCCUCCAAAUUACCAACAACCUCCACAACAAGGCCAAUCAAGUGGUAACCAUCAAAUGAGCCUUCAAGAACUCGUUACUUCUCUUGCUCAAAGCCAAAGCCAAUUUCAACAAGAGACCAAGAACACCUUCUCCAACAUUCAAGCACAAAUUAGAGACAUGGCCACCGCUCUCAACAAGAUGGAAAAAAGGGGUAAACUUCCAUCUCAAACCGAGAAGAACCCCAAUGUGAGUGAAAUAACUUUGAGAAGUGGCAAAACACUUGGAGAAAGCAACCCUAAAAGAGUUUCAAGAGAAGAAGAAGAUGAGGUUAUUGUUGUUGAGCCUCUGAAGGUUGAAGUUACUCCAAAGGAUCCGGUUGUGCCAAACGUUGAUCAACCUGACUCUUCCAACAAACCCAUUAAACCAUUGGUCAUACCACCACCCUUCCCUUCCGUGUUAGCCUUUUCCAAGAAGAUAGAAGAAGAAAAUGAAUUAUUUGAAACUUUCCGCAAAGUCCAAAUAAACAUUCCACUAUUGAAUGCUAUUAAGCAAAUUCCAAGUUAUUUAAAAUUUCUUAAGGAUUUGUGCACCAAGAAGAGGAAAUUCAAGGCAAAUGAAAAGAUUCAAGUCAAUGCAAACGUGUCUACAGUUAUCCAAAAGAAGUUACCUCCCAAAUGCAAGGAUCCGAGAAUAUUUGCUAUCCCUUGUACCAUUGGUGAUUUGCAUGUCGAAAGUGCCAUGUUAGAUCUUGGAGCCUCGAUCAAUGUGAUGCCAUAUUUGGUUUUUCAAUCUCUCAAUGUUGGACCUUUGGAAGAAACUGGAGUAAUCAUUCAAUUAGCAGACAAGUCAAAGAAGACUCCUUCCAAAUCAUCUAUGAUCCUCCUUAGAAGACCUUUCAUGCAUACCGCUCACACAAUCAUUGAUGUCCAUAAAAGAAAUAUAACUAUGGAGUUUGAUGGAGAAACCAUUUACUUCAACAUCUUUGAAGAAAUGAGGUACCCUAGCAACAUUUCUCCAUUGUAUCGGGUUGAUGUGAUUGAGCCAAUAAACAAGAUAAGACCUAAUGUAUGCACAAACAAGAUACUCAUCGCAGAUGAUUGUAAGCCUAAGAGGGAAGCUCAAAGAAGAUUGAAUCAUCCAAUGAUGGAAGUGAUCAAGAAGAAGAUAAUUAAAAGGUUCAAAAGGUGCAAAGAGAAGAAAAAGGCAUUUCAUGACAAGCACAUAACCCAAAAACACUUUAUUCCGGGUCUAAAAGUUCUUCUUUAUCAUUCACGCUUAAAGCUAUUCCCAGGAAAGUUGUGA